AUGAGCAACUGGCGGGCGGUGCCCCGGGUCUCCGAGCGGUCUUCCUGGGCGCGAGGGCCCAGACGCGGAGAGGGGGGGAGGGGGUACGGCGGAGACAUUUAUGGUGCAUUGUCGCCUGGCCUGCGUGAACAAGCAGAAGGCUCUGUAGAGGAGCUGGUGAACAAGAUGGAAGGUUGGAGUAUGGAACUUCAGAGGCACUGCGCUGAAGAUUGGAACCAGUUCGCGAGCAUCCUGAUUCAAUGCUUGUCGGGCGAGAGCAAGAAAGAUGCGUCACAGCAGCAGUUCCAAGUGGCUUGGCACGGUGCUGAUUGUCUGAGCGGCGUGUCAGGCCGUGAGGGCCAGGCCCCUCCUUCCAGCGCCGCCACCGAUUUUCACCGGCGAAGGAGGCCCAUGUUGCAGAUCGUCACAGCGGGACUUGAGGCGCAGGACGCAGAGAUUGAGAGGCUGAGGACUCAGCUGGAGCAGAUGUCCGUGCGGGCCUCGCGGAAGCGCAGCCAGUCGCAGGACCUCUUCACUGCCUCACGCCUGCGCUCGGUAGAGGCAGCUGCUGAGGAGGCGCAGCGGCGCCAUGCAGCGGCCAUUGCCAGCACGGCCCAGGCCAAAGACCACCUGGCGGAGCGGAUGGAGCAACUGGUAGGUGCAGAAUGCCGGAGAAGCGAGCACCAGCGACUCUUGGGGGAGCGGCGUGCUCAGAAGGUCGCCGCUGCCGCCGGCCUGGCAGCGCUGCAGCAGCAGCAGGAAGAGGUGCUGCAAGGCGUGGUCUCAGCGCGGCAGUCCUUGUUGAAGGCGGAGCAGGUGUGGGAGCAGCAUGCAGAGGAGGAGAUCCAAGGGCGCUGGAGAGUCCAGAGCCUUUUGCAGGAGGAGGAGGCACGGCUGGAGGCCAUUGCCCCGAAGUACCGGAGGCAAUUGCAGGAGAGUCAGGCUCAGGUGAUAUGUCAACCUGAAAUGCGAGAGGAACACGCAGAGCAGGUCGUAGAGAAGCUGGGGCGCGACCUGCCCUGGGAGACGGAGAGCGAACUGCAGCAGCAAAGGCGGCUGCAGGAGCUCUGGCGGCGAGAGCUCAGUGAGACAGAGCAUGAGAUGUGGGCGGCCCAACGGCACUGCAGGGACCAGCAGCGAAAGAUGACGCUGGCCCUCGCGAGCUGCCGCCGCCGCGUGGAGACGGAGGAGGUGCAGGCCCGGGCAGCACCUAGUCCUCUAGUGGCAGAGCUUGAGGAGGCUCAGCUGCAGUUCCACAAAAUCCAGGACAAAAUGCGCCAACAAGCGACGAAACAGAAGGUGAACGACGCCUUCAAGGUGCCAGUUUUCCAACAGCGAAGAACCACUGUGAAUGAGAAGAAUCGUGAAUGGCAUGAACUCGCAGCAUUGUUGCGCCGCUGUGACGCUUUGAGAGCACAGGAGGCCAAGCAGCAGCAAAGUUUGCGGGAGGUGCAAGAGCAGAGAGAGGCCUUGGCUGCGGAGCUUUCAGAGCAGAAGCGGCAAGUGGCGCUGGCAGGCCAGAGGCGGUCAGCGGCCGCCCAUGGCGCCGAGCGCUUGAGACGAGAGCAUGCCUGGCUGACGCAAGAAUGUCAGGAGUGAGGCUCGGGGGCGGCUGUUCAAUGGCCAAGCGAGAGAUCGGUGCUGGCAUUUGCUGUACAGCAGUCGGAGGGCCGUUUGCGCCAAGCUUGGCAUUGCGGACUUCUGGGCGGUUCA